AUGGCAAGUAAUCAAACCAAAAUCGAACACUGGUUAGGAAUGAAUGUUACUUUGUUCAAAGAAUCAGAUAUCGAAAAAAGAAACCGUGAAUUAACAGGCGCCACAGAUGUACACAACAUUUACACGAUGAUCACAGUUCAUACAGGGUGUUGUGAGUUAGCUCUCACAACAUCAUUAGUUGAGCGACUUGAUUUGGAAUAUUUCGAUACCGUGUCAGUGUCAUCUAGUACAGAUAACAAUGAUCGUAUAAAAAGAUAUGGACCAGUGCUUCCAUCGGCGGGCCAGAGGGAGGGGGCAAUUGCCCCCCUGAAAUUUUUUUGCCGGCCCGCCGAUGAUUGCUUCAGUUUAAACCUGAUUUCGAUUGGAACAACAACACGCUACGAUGUAAAAGUUAUCGGUUGUGAUGCUAACAUCAAACGCUUUGAAGACGAAUACAAUGUUAAAAUUCAUCUUACUAAUGAGGGAAGCAGUAAAAUGAUAUUUAUUCUUUCUGCGAAGCGAUUCGAUGUUGAUCUGGAUUUUGUUGCGCUAGCUGUGACUGAAUUGAAUAUUAAUUUCGCUCCCUAUUACACGAUUUCUAUUUUUCUCUAUCAAAUGGCUUUUUCAAACGAAACGAAACUAUGUUCGAUAAAGCUUCAAAUGACGUCAUCAUUACGUUUCGCAAAACGGUAUUCAACCGAACAUUGUUUUGUUCCAUUAUUAACUUCGUCUGAAUCGUUUUUUUCUCAACUAUGA